UCAGGUGCUAGGCUCUGCUACUUUGCAUACUAACACGAACGUAUAAUGGCAUCUGCUGGGCUUCAGAUUUUGGCCGCUGCCCUCGCGGUCAUCGGCUUGUUGGGAGAUAUCAUUAUCUGCGCGCUCCCCAUGUGGAAAGUGACGGCGUUUAUUGGCAACAACAUCGUGACCGCACAGAUCUUCUGGGAAGGCCUUUGGAUGAACUGCGUGCAGCAGAGCACAGGGCAGAUGCAGUGCAAGGUCUAUGACUCCAUGCUGGCGCUACCACAAGAUCUCCAGGCCGCUCGAGCUCUUGUUAUCAUCUCCAUUCUCGUGACCUCCUUGGGAGUCAUUCUGGCUGUCGCUGGAGGCAAGUGCACCAACUGCAUUGACGAUCAGGAUGCAAAGGCUAAAGUGGGGGUCGUGGCCGGCGUGUUCUUCCUGGUGGGUGGCGUUCUGUGCCUGAUCCCGGUCUGCUGGUGCGCGCACACAGUCAUCAGAGACUUCUACAACCCCAUUCUGUCUGAGGCUCAGAAGCGGGAGCUGGGGGCGUCGCUGUUCAUCGGCUGGGGUGCGUCUGGGCUGCUGAUCAUCGGUGGGGCGCUUCUGUGUUGCCAGUGCCCGAGGAGUGACGGUCGCGGUUAUUCCGUGAAGUACUCUGCACCGAGGUCUGCUCCAGGAGCCUAUGUGUGAGACUCGGACUUUCUGGACUGGAAUGAAUUCUCCUGUUUGUUGAAGGAAGAGAUUUGAACGUUUUACUUUCUGUUCUUGCUUGACUAUUUUAACAAUAAAUUCAUGUUUUCUUUUUAUUU